UAGAGCGCGUGCCGCGUGGCGCGUGGCACGUAUAGCAGAUACGAUCUUGCUUGAGUGUUUAAUAAGUACCUCAAGUCCUAACAAAAAAUAGUUCUCCGCCAGCGAGUUUUAAUCUAAUGUAUGAUCCCUGACCACCAUCUUGGUCAUUAAUGAGUGGUACUUGAAAGAUUCUUAAAAAAAGUGGAAACUGUAUCAGUUACAGCUUGAAAGAGUAAGUAACACACUGUUGCAGUCCCUAAUAAAAGCUGAAAGUUGCUGUCAAUUUUAUGAACCCAAGAAUAUAAGAAACAGACAUACGAACAAAAAUUGGUGAUCAAAGAGACUCGAAGUUGACAUUUAAGACAUUUCGACAAACUGUCGUCGUCCACAAGUACAUUUUGAAGUUACUCUUCUCGAAACAAGUACGAGUAAAAGAAGACUUACUGCAGGAAAUACAUUGAGAUUUAACGCCGGUAUAACCGUUGGAUAUAUUUAAAAAACCUUCAAAUUCGGACCGUUAGUAGAAGCGUGAUCAGACCCUAAGUUUUCUUCAAGAUCGGGAUUGAAAGUUUCAUCCACUACGACAAAGAUUGGUUAUAUCUCAAGAACAAACACUUUUUUCUAGUUCCGGUUCCGGGUUAAGACAUCCGUCGGACAGCGGUUCUGCCCUCGAAGCAAGGGAAAGGUUCCAAUCAAGUGAUCAGUCAGCCGGAGGACAUGAGUCAGGCCUGAUAGCUUAGCGUGCUUGUUCCACUUCAGUGCUCGUGCAGUCGAAACACCUCCCGAACCGUCCAAUCACCUGCCUUGGUCUUUUUUAUGAUGUCGCUAGAGGAGGACUCAGAAAGUGUGGCCAUGUACGAAAAGCCCUUAAAGAUCAAGGCAAAGCGACCGAGGCAGAGAGUAGACGCAGGCGAACCAAGAAACAGUUAUUCUAGUAUUGCUAGCUUCAGCAUUCGAACAAGCCCACCUAUUCAGUCAUAUCAGAAUGGAUAUGCUAUGUCUCUGGCCAGCAGAGUGUAUGACAGUUUAGUAACUCACCAAAACACAGAGUGUUCCGAUAUGGUUAUAGACUCGGUUGUGCAAGACGUCAGCCCCAAAAGCGUAAACAGCCUCAUUAUCACACAAAACUCGCCAACUCAGACCCGCCCGAGUAAGAUGUACCUGAACGACGGUGCUACUUCAGAUGCAGACAUAUCUUCUUUUUUUAUGCAUAGCGCCGACUGUCCUUCUGUAGACCCGGGCAAUGGUCAUCUUCUCCGAGACUCUCUGAAGAGCCGGAUGUCAGCCGAAUUCUCUAGUAGUAUGCCUUCGGUUUCCGGUGGGGAGCGAAUAGAAAACAGGCCUGCUAGUCGUGGCAGGAUGUCCGACCAAGAGCAGAACCGGCAACACCCCUCGCCAGCUCACAGUCCCACGGCUUCGCCGAGCUCUGACUGUAGUCGAAGUCCAGUCCGUCCUGAAGUGAUGCCUAACAACACGUCCACGUCUGAUACUAAUGCUUUAGAGGUUAAGCGAGCUCGCGUUGAAAAUAUUGUGUCUACUAUGAUGCAAUGUCCUAGCGGUCCGCGUCUGCCAGGGAAUCCUUCCCAGGUGCCUGUGAAUGGCUGUAAAAAGAGGAAACUUUACCAACCUCAACAGCAUGAAGCUACUAGAGCUAUGAACGGAGAUGAAGAAGAAAAUGAAGAAGACGAGGAAGAUUAUGAGGAGUUCACCGAAUCACCGCCAAAACAGCGUCGAAUAGUCCAAGAAGAUCUUAAAUUACAGUUGCGAAAAAUGCAAGAACAACUAGCUAUCAUUCAGCAACAGUACACUGAGUUGUUUCAAGAACAAACCCAAAGUUCCCCACCUGAAAAGGCAGGUACUGCGUCAUCCACAGAGGAAAGGAAUAAAAAACCUGAGAAGAAACCGCAAAUGUACUUCCACUCUAGUCCUAUUGAAGUACGGGAAGGGUCUCCAUCAUUGCGUACUUCAUUUUCUGGAGUAAAUAAUGCGAGCGUUGCUCCCAAAGUCACAUCUAUCGCUCACUCAAACGCAAUGAAAGAAUAUACAACAAAUGCUGUUCAGAUGAUUGAAGAAGCCAGACGACUAGAGAGACUCAGUCAAGAGAACGAUCUGAAGGAUCGAAUCCAAGAAAACCGCCAGUCAUGUAUCGUUAAACCAAACGGUCAUUCUGGCCAGUCUGGUAUGACCACUGACUUGGAUAGUUUGGUUGAAGCACUCAAAUCUGAAAUCUCGGCUACACUGGCACACAUUAUCGACUCUAUCGUCACAAAAUACAAGCAAACCAGGAACUUCUCUAAAACAUUGGAACCAGAACCAUCUAAAGAUCUGACAUUGUCUCAAAUACUUGAUCGAAAAUCUCCACGAACUAAAGUAGUUGACCGUGGCAACAGAGUCAAUGGUCAGCUUCCAGUUGGUCAGAGAGCUAGUCCUUUUUUGUGUGAUCCCAGUCCCAGACCCACACUUUCUUAUCCGCAAGGAAUGAGACCUCCAGCUUCUUUAUUCUGUCCAGCCCCUUCAUCUCAUGCAAUUCAGCUUCCUCCGACGAAUAUCCCUCAUCAUUAUCCUCCUCCACAUCCUCACCUUUCAGGGAACCUUGAGGGAGCAGGAAUAACCACAAAUAAUGACGUACUGGAGCAAACAGAGGCUAUCUCCUUAGUUGUUACUCCAAAAAAGAAACGCCACAAGGUGACCGAUACACGCGUGACCCCUCGUAUAAUGAACCGGUCUGUGGGUCAAGAAGAUGCUAUCCUUAAAUAUCCUUUCCUGUGUAGCACGACACAACCAUCCAUGGGUCCCCACGGCUACCCUCAUCACCCACCGCCUCUAGUACCUGUAAGCUUACCCACAUCUGUAGCUAUUCCCAAUCCUAGUCUCCACCAUGGGGAAUAUUUUCCCUAUCAUUUUGAAAGCUCCAGAUUAGCGUACUUCAAUCAAGAGAACCAAGAUGACGAUUCCUUUUCGUCAUCUCCUGCAGUACAAGCCCACUACCCAGGUCCCCACAGUUCUCCUUCUGACCCUUUGUCCUUCUCCUAUUUGAAACAAGACAUGGGAGAAGGAUCAGAUGGUGGUGAGAGUCAGAACUACGAGUCAAGUCUUGCUGUCACCAGUACCCUAACUCCAAUGCACCUAAGGAAAGCCAAGUUGAUGUUCUUCUACGUAAGGUAUCCCAGCUCUGCUGUUCUAAAGCUUUUUUUCCCAGACAUCAAGUUCAACAAGAACAACACAGCUCAGCUGGUCAAGUGGUUCUCUAACUUCCGAGAGUUUUAUUAUAUCCAAAUGGAGAAGUAUUCUCGACAAGCCAUUAGCGAAGGCGUGAAAAGUUCGGAAGAUCUAAAAGUCACCCUUGACUCAGAGCUGAUCAGGACCCUUAACCUCCACUACAAUCGAAAUAACCACAUCGAGGUCCCAGAGCAUUUUCGAUUUGUUGUUGAGCAGACAUUAAGAGAAUUCUUUAAAGUUAUUGUUGCGGGGAAAGAUCAGGAACAAUCCUGGAAGAAGGCAAUCUACAAGAUCAUAGCUCGUCUCGACGACAACGUUCCGGAAUACUUCAAAACACCAAAUUUCUUGGAGCAACUAGAAUGAUUAUAAGAACUAAUUUUGUCGGAACGUUAUAAGUUCUGUGUUCGUAUGACAAAAUAUUAUUUUUACCAAAGACAUCAAUGAUCUGAUUUGAUGUGACUGAUCUGAUGGAACUCACUCCCUGCUGGAAUUUGCGCUACUAAAUCAACGUCUAAACAAUGAACUGUGUUACUUUGGUUUUGAAAGUGAUAUACAAAACAAUUUACAUAUCAUAUAAGUAAAUAGAUCUUUGUGUCUUGCGGAUUUGUGCCUUGGACUUUAGCAAUCUUUUCUGCGAAAAGUAAUUUUUACUGUGACUUGAUUUUAUCACCUCAAGAACGUGAUAUCUCCAUAAAACGUCUGGAACCUGAGAUACAAGUCUUGCCUUGGAAUGUUCAGAUCUGUUUUAGGAAUACGGAAUUUGAAACUUGGGAAUAAUAUGCCGGAAAAGAGCGUCGUAUAGUUUUCAUAGUUAUAAUCCAUUGGAUCGGCUUAUAAGAUAUUUAAUGGACAUAUCAUUCCUCCCACAUUCCAUUUCUAUUCUAUAAAACUACUAUGGUAGUACUUUAUUCAAAGAGAUUUUUCUUUUAUAAUAAUAAUUUAACAAUUAUUUUGUGUAUGCGUAAAUGAAGUACCCACUAGAGGUCAUGAUGAGUGCCCUAGUCAUAUGAUGCGCAGGAACUAAACGAUUUGCUUUUCUACAUAGAGAUACAAAUAAAAUGUUUAUGAAGUAUCUCUAAGCUUUUCUAAGCAUAUUGCGUCAUCUGUUAGAGGGUUACUCUUGCCCAUUUUUUAAGUGUUCGUUUUCAAAGCUUUGUAUGUUAUGUCUAUUUAUUGAAAGGUGUUUAGACCAUGGUGCAAAGCACUUAGUUUCUUAGCUGUAAGUAGGUAGCCUGUGUUGGAACGUUAAGCACUAAAGUAUAUUGCUUGUACUAUGCAUCAUUCGUUCUGGAAAUUUAUUUUCUUAAAACAGUUCCCAGUGAUUCUCAAUGCUUGCCUUCAACAAUACAUUUUGAUCAAGUUAGUUCUAUUUACUUAGUCAUGUGUACAUAUAUAAAUGUUUUUAGCUCUAAUAUUAAUUAAGAUAAUUAUAAGUAAUAGUGAUACGAACAGGUAAAAUGUUUAAAUGUUUUGGGCAUGGUUCGUUUCAAACCAUGCGUAAUGAACAUUCCAGAUUUCUCUAGCUGUGAAACCUAGUCACACGUGAAAUAAGUCGAAUCAAUUGUAUCUUGGUAUAAUCUCAUUCUUUUUGUUAGUGAUUCUUCUAUCCUGUUUCAUCGUGUCUGUCAAUUCGCUCACGUAAGUUGGACGGCACUCCUGGAUGUUGGAUCGUUCCUCAGUUUCUAGUCAGUGAGUUGCACAUUUCUGUACUGGACAUACUAUAUCUUUGACAAAGGAGACACAUUUUACAUAAUUUACUGACCUAAAGUCACGGUCCACAUGCAUAAUGAUGCUGUUAAACGUGAAAUAAUUUUCAGACUUAAAUUUGAGCUCGGUUCGCAACGAUAAAUUUCCUGCCGACAAACUUUAGCUCAGUGUUUACAGAAAAGGCGUUCAUUUAUUAUACUAGCUUUUCUUGCACUGCACCUUUCUACCAUGCAGUCAUAUUUAGCUGAACAAACUUUCGCUCUCGAAACCCCAUCAUGUGUAAGUGACCCCUGAACCUAAACGGUCUUCCUUUUACAAGCUGGAACUGACCUUCCCUUACCACAUUAUCUUAUUUCUCCUUCUAUCAUGGACUGUAUCAAUUUUUUUAACCCUAUAUAAUUGUGGGCACUUGUUGGUCUAAUUUUUCCUUCUCUUAACCCCUGUAUAUCACAAAAUCAUGGACUGGACCAACCUUUUCUCACUUGCUUGUUUUAUUAACAGGGCUAGCCUGCUGCUAAAUCUCUGAAUAUCAGUUUUAAAAUUGCCCAUGAUAUUCAUUAUGCGAACAUAAGAGCUACAGAGGGAUACACGCAAUCCUCUGAUAGCAAAAGCUUGACUUAACGAUACUAUGGGGGGGGGAUUGAUCCCCAUCGACAAGCCCCUCUCUUGAAGCUUUGGCUACUAACUUUAACUCAUUGAUUUUCUUAGUAAUAGUGACUGCGUAACGAGAGUGAUUAUUGUUUUCAGAAGAUUCCAGAGAGUGCCUCAAGAUCUGUCUAAUGAUUUGUUUGUUACCUGUACGUGCGAAAGAUAAACUUAAGGCUUCCAUUAAAAAUAAAAUAAAUGCUUACUGAGCUUCCUACUAACAUCUUAUAACUCCAGACCGAGAUGUGUAUCUAUAUUACUUGCAAGUUACGAGGAGGCUUUCAGUUCGUGGAAGAGCUUAAAGGGGCGCUAUCGUUGUAUCCUUCUUUGAUGAUUUCAGUUAAUGGUUCUUGAUGAUCUCAAAUGACAUUAAUUUCACUAGUUAUUUGUUUAAAUGAUGAAUAUAUGACGUCAAAAUAGGAUCAUGUACAUGUAAACAAAAAUUCUAAAACCAUUCCUUUCCGUAUUUUAACAAUUCAUGUAAUAUAUAUAUAUAUAUAUAUGUAUGUGUGUGUAUAGAAAUUACAUUAGAUAACAUCCAGUAAUAGAAGAUGAAAGAGCUUUAAAAAAAUGAGCUGAUAGACUGCUUAAAAAUUAGCAAGUUGUUUGAAAACAACAUUAUUUCAAGAAAUUCAAAUUGGAUAAAGAAAGCAAAGUAUAAAUUUGUUACAAACCACCCACCUGCUAAUAGGAAUGAAAGCCGAGCUAAAAUGUAUACAUAUUUGUGUGUGUUUUCACGCUUGGAACGCCAUUUUCAAUGGAAAUUCUUAGCAGUUCGCCACUAGAGGGCAGCAGUUUGGUAAAAAAUUUCAUUUGCACCUUGAGGGACCACUUGUUCGUAUCCACUUUUGCGGCCUUCUACACAUUCGAAAAAUAAGCUUACGUAUAUAUAAAAGGCUUACUUAUAACUAUGUAUAGUUGACUUUAUAGUCUUAGAUUUGAAAUGUGUUUUAGUUAAUUUUAGUGAUAAAAACUAUUAUAACCAAGUAAUUUAUCGCAUUUCGGAUUUUUUCAAAGCAAAUCUUAUAAGAUAAUGUUUGGGAAGAAACUUGACGAGAUUUUGGUAACUUCUUUUUUGUAUGUAACAUUGUUUAAAAAAAGAUCAGAAAAAUUACAGAAUGUUAACUUUUCUAUUUUUUGAAUUUACAGUUACCAAGUGAGUACGUUCAUCACAAAUUUAAAUUAAAUUUUAAGAUAUAUUUUACUAUUCUUUUUUCAUGGCUUUCUAACCGCAUAAUCAUCCGUUUGGAUUGUUGAUUACACACGCCAUCAAAUUCCUUUCGCGUUUCGUUGAUUUCAGAGGAAGUAAAAAUAUAAUAGUCAUAUAUGUAACGUACUUUUCUGAAAGUGUAUUAACAUUAUAUGUGAAGAGAAAUCCUGGAAACUGUGUUUGCCAGAUAACAUUUUGGAUUUAAUGUUCAUCCAGUUUGAUAUAGCAUUGGCAGAUUUGUGAAUUUUCUGAGGUAAAAACUGAUUGUCAUAUUGGAUUUAUUGGCUUGGACUUUUAAUUUAAUAAAUCCACCUUAUCUAAGUAAUUAAAUGAUGACGUUUUGAUGAAUAAUUUGGAAGUCUAAUAGAAUUAGGAAAUUGACCAUUGUUUCAGACAUUUUUCUUAAGUGUGUUCAGCUUCAUCUAGUGGUUAGAAAUAGGUGAUCCAUGCCAUAUGUUUUGUCAAGUCUGUAGUCAGCACAUCACAUAAGAAUACUAUUUCUCCUUCACGUGUUACAUUCUAUUCGCUAAGUCAUUCACUUAGCAACAUGAUGUCUGAGAAAUGAGAAGAUUGAAUCCUAAUAGAAUACGUAUUUGUGGGUCCUUGAGAUGAGCCGAGUAAAGCAAGAAAACCCAGUUAUUUCCUUUACAAUUCCUUUUCUUCUAGAUUCAAGUAAUACCUUCCUCGAUUUAAUUAUUUGAGGAAGAGCUUAUUGCAAUCUUUGAACGUUAGGAUUUGGAGGUCUUCACAUUUGCUUCUACCUUUGUUUCGCUAUCAAGGUUGCUACAACUAUCUGUUAUGCUUAUGUAGUUGAAAAUAGAAAAAGCAUAACGGUGAAGAAUUAUGUUUAGUUAAUCUUAAUUCUUCCUAGGAAUCAAAAUGUGAUUUAAAACUGUAGUUUUUACAAACGUACUCUUCUAACAAAACGAUACGUGCUCUUAAUAUUUAAAAAGCUUCUUUUGAAACUUCCAGCAAUUUGUUUAACUAAUCACACCUAAAAGAAGUUGAUAAAAUGAAAUAAAACGGUUUAAUAAAUUUGUUUUUAGAACUUUAUUUCUCUGAUUUACUUUCAUUGGUAAAAGUGCUACUAAUACAUAAUACCUACUUUUUUAUGUUGUUGUGGGUUUCAUUGUAUUCAUUGGUCUCAGUAACUUGUGAUUCUAUUCCCAAUAUAUAUAUAUAUGUAUAUACACACAUAUAUAUAUAUAUAAGUAGUAAAGUUUAUCUAUUUAUAAUAUAAUAAUGAUUGUUUAAACACGGUAUUGUUUUUGUCUGACUUUUAAACAUGAAAUUAGUUCACAUUUUUUUCUAUACUUAGAUGUUGCCUAUACAUCCAUGUUUGUGUAUAUUAUUGAGUUAAGAUUUAAAGGAAUAAAGGCGAAGUACUUCAAGCCAGAUUGAAUUAAGAUAAA